UGUCGCGUCACAGGUUAUAUUUUACGUAUAUUUCCGUUGGAUUCACAAAUAACCGAUGGCUGGAUUCUUUUUACUGUUAUAACCGCUUAAAAGCGGGCACUGAAUUUAAAUUUGAAUUUAUUAUUCAGAUUAAAGGUGGGAUAAAUAAAUAUACACUUAUAUUUGAUUGGAAAAACCCCUUUCGGGUAAAAAGCCAAUUUUAUUUAAGUUCAAAUAUUGUUUCUUUUAAAUAUACACUUCACAAUUCGAUUUUACAAAUAAUUGUUUUAUUGUUAAAUAUUAAUUUAACAAUUUUAAUUGUUUGUCGAAGGUUUGAUUUAGUUUAUUCACACUUUAUUCCCCACGAAAUUUAUAUCUCAAUGGAUUAAUUGUGUUCUUCUUUUCAAAUAAAUUCUUAAAAUAUGGUUGAGAAUUUUCCUUUUUGGAGCAACAAAACAAAAUGGUAGAGACGAAGAAUAUAAAAAUAGUUACGUCAAUGGAAGAAAAGGAUUUCUUUUUUGUUGUGAGAGAAAAGAGAAAAAAAAAGAAAAGAGAAAGAAAAGAAAAAAAAGGUUGGCUAUUUUCACCGGUCAACAAUAUCUCCAUUUCUCUCUUCCAUUGGUACUUCAUCAUUAUUCACAUCUCCAUUUCUCUCCUCCAUAGGUACUUCAUCGGUAUUUGCGAUCAAGUGAGGAUGCUCAUCAGAUUUGGUUUGCAGGAGGGUACGUGCUGUCAUCCGGAAACAAGCAGCGGAGAUAGGGGACAUUCAUGCUUUCGACAAUUUGCACUAGCAAAUGUCUAGGGUGACCAAUCUCUAAAUUUAGCGACUGGAAUGCCCACAGACACUGCCAGCACUGUCCUGCAGGUCGACAAUUAAAAAUUUUGUCUCUAUUGCAUCCCGGACAUCCUCGCUCGAUUGCCAUUUCAACAGUUGUCGUCAAAAAGUGGGGCUCGACGACGGUUCCAGGUUGAUCAGCUGGCAAUCUCUCCUGGAAGUAACAAACCGAACACCGCCAUGUACGAACUUCCGGGUUAUGUGGGACCCACAUCAACCCGCUCAAGUGUUGAUAGUCUGAAUUGGCUUCUGAUAGGCUAUUUAAUGUGCUCUACAUAAAAAAAGGACUUAUGUAUUUAUUCAUACGAAUAUGCAUAUAGUAUAUAUUUCUUCAUAGAGCCACCCAUACAACUCGCCUAAAAGAGAUCCCCAUGUUUUUGGGUUCGCUAAGACCGAAUAUUACCAUUAAAAUUUUUUUUCAUCGGCUAUUUUCCCGCUACCACCCCCUAACACCUGCUCCUGGGGGUUGGACUUUCAGUUUAAAAAAAGUGGAGUAGGGUGUCUA